AAGAAUAAAUAAUUAAUAUAAGUACGGUAAAACGUACAAGAAGAAAUAAUAUGUUUUAAGCAUUCUUUUCAGUAGUGAAAAAUGGUUGAUAUUGAUGAAGAUGAAGGGGGAUUGACGGGAUUGUUUAUCCUAAUUAUUCUUAUAUGGUUUAUCUCCUUAUGUGUCCUCAUCUUUAUUAUUGUUGUGACAUUACAUCAUGAGAACAUAGUUUAUGGUGUUUAUUUGAUUAUAGUAUGGGUGCUUACGUUUUGUAUUGCGAUCUUCACUAUGUACACUUUUAAACUUGAAAAUUUUGGCCUAACAGUUGUGCUCGGUGCAGUUAUAUAUGUGAUGUUGUGUUUCCAAAUGUUGAGCCUUACUUAUGUUUGUGACGAAGUGGAUAUAGAUCUGAAAGCAGGCGAUGUUGUCAACAAACACUGGCGAGCUGAAGUGGAAAAGCCUGGAAGCAUGGAUGAUUUUCAAUCAGAG